AAAAAAGGUGGGCGGGUGGGGGCGCUUCGCGGGAGCCGUUGGUCGUCGUCAAGACCGCUGACAUGUCUGGGAGCAGAGGGGCUGUCGCAUCCCCGAGUAUGUUGUAGAAAAAAAGAGCAUUGGACUUGAAAUCAGAACUGGCUUUGAGUUCCAGCUGUGCCACUUAUUAGCUGUGUCACCUUGGGGUGUUUUUGGAGUAAUUCUUCAUUGAUUAAUUGCAAACUACAUAUAGUUAUGGAUACUUAUCAGACUGUUAAAAGCAAUAAAAUGAAGACAAUGAAGGCUACAAUGUCUGUCAAAAAAAGUUUCAUUGAAGGUGUACUUCAGUCCAUAAAGUCUUUGUUACAGAGCCAAAAGGAAUUAUGCGUUGUUUCAGCAGAGGAAUAUAUAAAGCCAGAAGAACAGACCAAUAUGGUUGAGGUUACCUUUCUAGAUUUCAAUGAAGAAACAGACGCUGGUCACAUGCAGGAUUUAGCUACAGUUUCUCUGGAACUUCCGGAUCUUCUGAAUUCUAUCCACUUCUGCAAUCUAAAUGAAAAUGAAAUUAUUUUUCUGAAGGAUAUAAAUAAGUCAUUUCAAACAAAUGCUGACCCUCAAAAACAGAAUCAUUUUUCUAGCGUGCUUUGUGUAAUGAGAGUAUCUCCAGCAACAUCCCCAAGACUCAGAGUUGAUUUUGUAUUUAAUCUACUAAGCAAAUAUGCGACAGGCAUCCGCUAUACUUUGGAAACAUACUUACGUCAGAAACGUCACCUGGAGAAAUGUCAUGGAGAUGAUGAUGACACUAAUCAGUCGGUGUCUUCUAUUGAGGAUGAUUUUGUCACUGCAUUUGAACAGUUAGAUGAAGAUGAACCUUCCAAGAUGCAUAGUGAUGGAAUAAGCUUUGCUACAUUGCAGAGCCAAUGUGAUGCUGCUUCACAGACUAUCCCUGCUCACUGCUUAGAAGCCAGUGAUUCAGAGUUCCUGAUUACCUCUAUGAGACAGAAGUCAGUGGCCAAGUCUUCUUCAUCUUCCCUAAUUAAUGUUUUGGGAUUUAAGGAGCAACCUUCCAAUGUGAAAAAUUCAGUCACAACUUCUAUUUCUGAACCUUGGACUCAAAGGAGUUUGUAUAAGUCAUGUCAUCCUUCAGAUAUAAAUGUUACAUUACAAAAAACGCUAUUUUCAUCUUCUCCAGCUGAUUCAUCUGAAUCAGAAUGUUCAAGCCCAAGCCCUGUUAUUUUCUUAGAUGAAGAAGGGUAUCAAAAAAGCUUAAAAGCAAAACUUGAGUUGCCAAAGAUUCCUGUAGGGAAAGAUGGUAUAGAAGACUCAGAUUCUGAAAUAGGUGAAUUUUUUGACAGUUUUGAUCAGUUUGAUGAGCUAGAACAAGCUUCAGAUGCUUCUUGUCAACUGAAAUGGGAACCUGUUGUAGGAAAUCCAUCCAAAAAAAGAGUUCACAAACAUGGGAAGUCUUGUUCCAUUACCACUACCAUGAAUCCUCAGAAAUUCAAGUUUGAUCGUCCCACUCUCCCAGCUAAUGUAAGAAAACCAACUCCUCGUAAACCAGAAUCUCCCUACAGUAAUUUGUAUGAUGUCCCAGACUCCCCUCGUCCAGUGAAGACAUCAGGAGAGGACAGUGGUCUGUUUAGUCCCAUUCGAUCUUCAGCUUUCAGUCCUCUGGGGAGCUGUUCUACUACCGAGUGCUACUGCCACAUUGAUGUCAAUGGAGAAAAGUUUAAUGAAAAUCAUGAUAAUAUUUAUUAUCAUGCUUACUCUGAUUAUGCAAACAAUGUAUCAUGUGAAAUACUUGGCUCGGUUUUUCAUUCUCAGUUUGUCCCCAAAUACACUGAAAAUCUAUCUUGCAUUGAUAGUAUUGUAUCCACUCUAGAUCUUAAACCCAGGGAACUUGAUUGGAAAGUAAGAUCAAAAUACAAAUCUUUAAUGAUUAAGCAGAAUAUUCAGAAAUUUGCUGCUGACCUUGUGGAAAAAAGUUUUGGCUAUGCUUUUAAAGACUUACAGAAGGGAGUCUCUUCAUGUACCAAUGCUCUUUGUAGCUUAGCAAUGAAAUUGACAUCUUCAGUCUUUGACAUGGCGUUUAAUGAAAUUGGAAGGCGGAGAGCAUUUUCGCUGAAGGAGCGUGCCAUCAGUGGUUUGGCCAGCUUUCUGGUUGGUGAUGCUCUAACCAGUGCUUUACGAGAUUUACAUUUUGUCAAAAAGCAGAUAUUUACUAACACUGCUGCCAGGUUUGCUGCAGACCUUGCUGAAGAACUUAUUUUUGAAGGUCUUAUGGAAGUAUGCCAGUUUUCCCAUCCAUCAACACCCACAGGGACACACAACAGUCCUUUUGAUUAUGAAGACAAAGUAGUAAGGUCAUAUGCAAAGGAUUUGUCUGAAUCUGUCAUACAGGAAGCAUUCAUUGAAUUAUCACAAGUUGAUGUGACUUUUACCACAAAAGCAGCAAUUAGUGUCUCUAUGGAUAACAUCAAGUGUGUCAGUGCAGAAAGUGUGUUGCAGUCAACACAAACCUCGGCUUCUUUUCCUACUUGUCAUGAUCAAAUGCUGAGAGCAUUGAAUCCAGUACAAGACUACACAAAAGAAUACACAGUACAACAGGCUUUGUUUUGUACUUCUGGUAUUGUAACUUCUAUACCAGUGCCCUUGGCAGGAAGUGCUCUUGGCAGAUAUUACACUUCAUCUAAUACAUAUCAGCUAAGUUCUCAUCUGCCAUCAGAUAAUAGUCAUAAGAUGAAUAAUGAUUCUACCCAAACAUCCUUUAUGACAAAAAAUAAAGAAGAGGAAGUAGCUUGUCUUAGAAAUAUUUAUCUGUCUUCAAAACAUAAUGCAAGUAAUGAAAAUAACCAUGAGUUUUCAUAUAAUCAGAAUGAUCUUAAAUUAACAAAUAGCAUUGGAAUUAAUGAUUGUUCAGAAUUAGCUUGUGAUCUAUCAGCUAUCAAUAGUUUCUCUGGAACAAUGGUAGAUAUGAUAGUAACUGAAACUUAUGAAGCAAUUGCCACCUCUAAAGUUACCAAAGGAGUUGGAGAAUUGUCAGAUUAUUUAAAGAAAGGUAAAGCAGAAGAAAAAAUCCUUUUAACACAUGAUGGAACAUCUCUACAGCAUGGUGAAAGUAGCUCUAAAAACUAUUUUGCUGAUCAUCUAUCUAAAUAUAUUAUAAAAUACUCCAUAGAUGAAAGCACAUUGGUAGCAUCAAACAACAAGAAUUUGGCACAUAGUACUGGUAUGCCAACAUGUGUAAACAGCUUUAGAAAAGAUGUACCUAGUUUAGUAAAGAAACAUGAAACAACAGAGAAACAAUUUUUGCCUGCUGUUAAAGAGGAGUCACAGUUGACCCUGAAUGAGGUUACCAACUUUCAAGAUGGUCCAUAUCAGUCUACUCAGGAUAUGCCCUUAUUAGUAAAGGAUUAUGUUCCAGAAUAUAAGGAAUCCGUGGCUCCCAAGAUUUCUUCAGCUACAAUACCACCUUGUCCAGAUAUAACAUUCCAAGGACAGAAUACAGAGGAACUCACUGAGGCAAUGGAUUCUUCAAUAAAGUCUUUUGACAAAUCAUUGAAAAAACAUGACCUAAGUAAAACUGUGCUUGGUUCUCUACCUUUUGGACAAGAAAUCUGGUUUUCUCCUGCUCACACUUUCUCUCCUACAGUGCUUUCUGGUGAAGACAUUUCGCAGGUGGAAGAUAAACAAAAAAUCAGAGAUGGGAAUAUAAUACCUCAUACCCCUCCACCAACUCCUCUAGUACCACUCCAGAUUAGUUCAGAGCAGAACCUAAGGAAAUUAACUAAAAAACUCAAAGGAGAAUUAGCAAAAGAAUUUGCACCUGCUACGCCACCUUCUACACCUCGAAAUCCAUCUCUUAAUGGUUUAUCUGAAAAUGAGCAAAAUACCAUAGAAAAAGAAGAGUUUAUGUUGAAACUCAUGAGGUCUCUUUCAGAAGAAGUUGAAAGCAGUGAAGAUGAAGAAUAUCCAGAAAUGCAUAUGAAAUCAGAGUGUUCAGAAAAAACAGCCCAAUAUGCAAAUAAUUUAGCAACACAUAUAAUUUCUUUGGCAACUGACAUGGCUGCUUCCUAUUUACAUGAUAAAAGCUUCCAAGAACCUAGUAUAAAAUCUCAUUUAAAUGUUCAGUCUCAAACAUCUGGAUAUGCUGCACUUGUAAAUAAAGAUGAGACUUUACAGUGUUUACAGGACUAUGCAGGUGAUGUGGCUGGGAAUGUCAUCAGAGAAGCUAAGAAAAUGGUAAAAUCAAAACAUUGUAAACUACUGAGGCUAAAGAAGAAUAACUGUCAUGUAGAUAGUCUUUGUCUCAAAAGAGAUGAGAGAGACUGUUACUCAAAAGAGAAGUGGAAUAUACAGACUGAACAGUGGCCAAGAGAAGUUGACCCACUUAACCAUUCUUUAUUUCAGAAUUCCUUCAUGUCAGGUCUGACAUCCAAGUAUCCCAGCUGUGAAAGUGUGACAGAUGAAUAUGCUGGUCACAUUAUCCAAGUUCUGAAAAGGGAAGGUGCUAAUAGUGAGUUAAUAAUGGAUCAGUAUGCUAGUCGACUUGCUUAUAGAUCUAUUAAAUCGGGAUUGCAACAGGCAGCUAGGAAAAUUCAGCUUAAAUAUAAUAGAAAAAUAUUCCCUGUACGAAGCUCACAGAUGAACAGUAAGAAUGAACUAUUAAAAUUCUUGAAUAAAGAUAAGCAUCAAAUAGAUAAAAAAGGACAAGGCAAAAGAAACAUAGAUCAUCUUUGUGAAAACCAAGCUGAUGAAAGGGCUAAACUUACACAGAGAAUCGAUUGUCCAGAGUUGUUAAAAUUUUCAGAAUCUCUUGCUUACAGCAUAACACGAGAUGUCACAAGAAAGUUAAAAAUGUCCACAGUUGGCUUGCCAAAAUCUUUAACAGAUUCUUGCCUUUAUAAAAAAUCUGCAUGUGAGGAAGAUAUGGGAACUUAUGUUGAAUCAGCUUUUCCUAAAUCUCUUCAACUUUCUUCUCCAAAACAAAAACUUUACCACAGCACAAGCAGCUUAAAUGAAUAUGGAUAUGGAGACAGCAUUAUUCAAGCUAUAGAGCAAUAUGCCAGAAAAAUAGUUGAUGACACUUUAGAAAUAAGUUUGGAAUCUGCAGUUCUUCAAGUUUCUAAAAACAGAAAAUCAGCUGAUAGAUUUACUUAUGCUGAAAAGUUGUCACCAUUUUCUGGUACAGCUUGUAGGUAUUGUAACUUGAAAGAACACCAUAAUUUCAUGGGAAAAUCAUCACAGUACUUUUUUGGACAGGAGUCCUCUGCUAGAAAUCAGCCAGUACCUAAUUCAAAACGUGUACCUGGCUGUCAGAAGUCCAGACUUUUUCACCUUGAUGUUCCCAAAAUCCAUAUUGAUCUUGAACAGAAGGUGGUGCUGGCUGAAAAGAUAGUUGCCGCAGCUAUUGAAAAAGCAGAAAGAGAAAUAAGUAAUACCAGUCUGACAGCUGAUAGUGGAAUUGGAAAAGAUGGUGUGAGCUUUGCUGACAGCCUUACCACAGAAAUAAUGACUUCAGCUAUGAUGAACAUUGGUCACAAUGUUAACAUCAGUUCAAUAGGAAAAGAAGGAUUUCAGUCAGUUGACUCUGUUGGUAGCCAGCAGAUGAGUCUGAGUAUUGGUGAUGACAGUAGUUGGUCUAAUCUAAGUUUCGAAGAUGACCAUCAGGACGAGAGCAGCAGUUUUCUUCAUCUCAGUGACAGUAAUGGUAACAGCAGUAGCUGGAGCAGUCUUGGUUUAGAAGGAGAUAUGUGUGAGGAGAAUUUAUCCUUUCCAACAUCAGACAGUGAUGGAACAGAUGAUAAAGAUGAAGAACAUAAACAUGUUAUAGAAGGUUUGGAGGAAAUUGGGAAGAAACUAUCAAUAGUAAAUAUUGAUAUGGCUCCAUGUGUUGUGGAUCCUCAACUGAGGCUUGCCCUUCAAUGGCUUGCUGCCUCAGAGGCAGAUGUGGAACAACUUUAUUUUCAUGACUCUGCAAAGAAAGAAUUCAUGCUGCUUUCAAAAAGAGUACGGGAGAAAGAAUGGAAAGUGGGAGACCUCUUGCAAGCGGUUCUUAAAUAUUAUGAAAUGAUGGAGAAGGCUUCUGAUGAGGAGAGAUGCAAACCUCUGUUUUGUUGGAUCUUGGAAAAUGCAUAAAACAAAUCCAGCCACUGUACAUUUUAUUCCUCUUUUUGAGUGAAAAGAUAUGUAUGCAGGAUAAAAUGUAACUAGCAAACAUUAACAUUGUUAGCAUAGUUGAAAGUGAAUAAAUAACCUUUUUUGAGUUAUUUGUGAUAUAUCUAUAUACAUUAUGAUAAUCUAGUUCAUAUCUUUGUAAUCUGUAUUAGAAUAUUAUCUUCAUUUAUUCUUCUAUCCAUGUGUUGUAUUCAGAGUGAGAAAUUGGUAAAUGAAGGAAAGUCUGAUGAUGAAGCUUAACUUUGUCUUGCAGGAUUUUCAUUGUGUCCAGUAGUGCUGCUAAAAACUGCAUUUGUGAUUUAUUGAAUACUCUUUUAUUACUGAGAUGGCUGUUAAUAGAAUUUAGCCAGCUAAUAAAAUUUAUAACACUUUUACCUGCUACAAUUUUGCAACAUACAAUUUUUGCCCUUUGGGAAAAAAUAUAGUAUUAAUGACUAAUUUGACACCACUUGUCAAUAAGAUUGAGGCUAGUUUUUUCUUCUGGAAAAAUUUGUCAUUUGGCCAAUCUUUUUAAAUUACAGUUUAUUUUUCAUAGUUAAAAUACUAUCAAACUUCCUACUGUAACUGCUUGAAACGGAACAACAUAAUUUAUUAAAGAGCAGAUACAUUAAAAUUUUAAAAUUGCUACAAACACCAGAAGUGAUAGAUUUCAUAAUCUUUGAUCACGUAAAACGUUAUUUGCCAAUUUUGCCAGUUUAUGUUAGAGUGAAAGUGUACAUGUGAGAGAAAGUAUAUGUAAGUAAACAUCCCCUUGGCUUUGCAAAUGAUUUUUUCCCCUAUUUUUAAGAUUUCAUUUCAUUUUAUUUAUAUCUUAGGGAGAACUCACUGUUGAACAUUAUAAAGGUGCUUUAAAUAAUCUGACAUCACAAUGAGAAGAGUUUUGAUUUUUCUUAUUAAAUUUCCAGUUUUACCUUAUAAUGUCAUACUGAAAAUAAAGAUUAUGUAAAUUGAAAGACAAUGCUAAAGCAGACAUGCUUUGCAUAGAGAGAAACAGUUAUAUGGUUGAUUGACAGAUUUUACAAUAGCUCUACAACUGAUAUCAGGUUUCUUUAGAAGAGAUAAGCCCUUCCCAAAUUCCAACAAAUGUGGUGGUAACCUUUUAAAAAAAUUUUAAAAUUAUAUUCUUUUUUAAUACAACAUAAUAUUUCACCAAUCCUUUGGAUGAAAUGUUUCCUAUUGUCUUUAUAAACUGGAAGUUGAUAGAAGUUAGAGAUUAGGAAUUCUAUGUCAUAUGACAUCAAAAGUUUUUAAUUUAGCUUUCAUUUUACUAAUAGCUAAGAGGCCUUCAGCAAAUACUGUAUUGUGGGUACUUCUUUUUUUGUUGUGUUUAUUCCUGAGCAUCAAUUAUGCAUAGAAUAAAAGGCAUGGCAUUUUCUCAUAUUACUUACAUUGUUAAUAGUAUUAUUGUUGCAGUGGACUUCUCUCUCUCUCUCUCUCUCUCUCUCUCUCUCUCUCUCUCUUUUUUAAAGAAAAGUGCUAAAAAGUAUUUGAAUACCUUUUGAAGUUUUGUGGGAAACUUUGAGAUUGUCUUAUAUAGGAAAACUGCCAGAAUAGACUAGACCUUUGCCAUUUCUGUUAUUUCAUCUUGAAGUUUCAUUUUAAUUGGUUUGAGAAAUGCAGGAGUCAGGCAGAAUUUUUACUACUUUUUCAGACAAUGAAAUGACACAUAGUGGGCUGCUAUAAAUAUUAGGAUUGUUUUCUCUUAUUAACUAUAAUGUAGGUUAAUUGCAUAUUAGAUUUUAGCUUGUAUUUUUCAUGUCUGUUUAAAAAAAAAAAACUGUCAUUGCAGUUAACAUGCAUCGUCAAUCAGCAAGAAACCAAAAUUCUGAAUUGUUUUAUUCUGAAGUGGCUAUAUAACUAAUUAUUUUGCAAAUCUUUGCAAACACAGAGAUUUUUGUCGUUUUCUCAGUAAUUCUUGUUUUCAGAUUAGAUUCUGCUUAUCUUUUUGCCUCCCUCAUAGUUCUUUGGAACAUUACAGUAUUCAGAGAUUCAUUAUAGAAGUACAGAUUGUUAAUAAAUGUGAUUACUAAUAAUGGAAAUUUCAUAUUAUAUCAGGACAGUGACAUAGAAGUCAUUUUAAUAUAGAUGUCAUCGUAAGCAUUAUUUGUUUUUUUUUUUUUAUAAAGAGAAAAUAAGAGUUCAAACAGUAUAUUCAAUCAAUCCCGAUUCAAUCAAACAGUAUAUUCAAAAUAAUUUUUCUCAAAGAUGUGUGUGUGUGUGUGUGUGUGUGUGCGAUUUUUCCAGUGAUAUUUCAGUUCAUUUGACUACUUAUGCUUUAAUUCUGUUUGGGACAGCUGUCAUUGACAUUUUUAACGACAAAACCGCUUGAUGUUGUAAUUUCAUAAAAUUUCCAAUUUGUAGGGAUUUUAAUUCUGAUGAAAUGUAAUAACAUGUUCUGACCUAUUCAAAAUUGUGACUUAUGUUGAACUUUUUGUAAAUCACUUCCAUCUCAAGCCAUUACAAAAAGUAUAAAAAUUAAAAAUGAAAAAAACUGAAGAUAAAAUAAGAUAUGCCUUAGUACAUCUUUAUUUUCAGAUUGAUUAAAGUAUGUGCUAAGAUUUGAUUUUUUUAGAUAGUCACUGUCACAAAAAAAAUUGUCAUAUUUUUGGUAUGUUUAACAUUUGUAACUGAUUUAUUUUAAGAUUCUUUGUUUUACAGAUGAUUCCUUCACAAACCACAUCAAGGUUUGUUAAGGAAUAGAGAAAAAGAUGAAAUCUCUUUGUCAAGAAAAGUCUGAUAGAAUAUAUGAUAGUGUCUUUAUUUUAAAAAUGCUUGCAACGUUUAAGUAAAUUAUCUAUAAAGCUUUAGUUUAGCCUAAAUAAUGAGUUUAUUUUGCUGCUGAGAAGGGUUUAAAUUGCUUAUGAAAUGUGCCAUUUAGUAACAUAAAAAUGAGUAGUUUAUUCAUGUAGCCUUGAAGGAAUUGGAACUAAACUUUGCAGUUGGAAGAAAGUAUUAUCUCAAAAAUGUGUAUUUUGGGUGCUGGUUAAGCAAAAUUAUUUUUCAAUAUCUGAUAUUGUCAUUAAUUCAACCCAUUAUACUUAAAAAUUUGCAAUUUUCUAAGGUAACUUUCCAUGUCUUUUUGUGAAAGGGAGGGUAGGGGAGGGUAGGGAAGAGAAAGGGAAAGGGAAAAGGAUGAUGGAAAUAAGGAGCUAUUUGUCCAUCCUUUGAGUGUGGAAAAACAAGAAAAAUAACAAAUCCUGUCACCAGCACAAGAAGUUUAUAGAAAUUAGUGGAUAUUGAUGAUGAUUAGUACUAAAAGGCAAAAAAAAAUUUUUUUUCUGGUUUCUUUGCUGUUUUUUUCUUUUGGGUGGAAAAAGUAAAUAUGCAAAAGUCAGCAAGAAACUUUUUCAAGCAUUUACUGUAUUUUUGUUUUGAAGAGACAGAUACAGUAUUAGCUACUCUCAUUAUGUUUUGUAACAUUUGUGUACAUUCCUUUUGUAUAGGUGAUGUUAUAGUUCUAUAAGUUUAUUGUUAGGUUUAAAUAGUAUUUAAUAUUAAUUGGAUUUGCUAUUUUUGUUAAUUGUGCAGUGGUACAGUAAUUCACAACCUUAGUUUAAUGAGUCAGAUGUAUACUAAAAACAGUUAACCCUUUAUGUAACUCAGUCUUGUAUUUUGUAACAGUGGCAUUUUUUGCUAUUUAGUAAUUUCAUGUUAUGUUCAGUUUCCAAAUGAUGAACUCUGGUUGCACUUAAUUGUCUUUAUUUUCACAGUGGCUUAAAUAAACAUUUCAAAAAAUC